UUUUAAUUUAAACUAAAAAACAGAGUGAUUUUUUUAACUUAAGUUUUAGAUGUUUGUUAUAGCACAUAUUGUUUAUGACUUUUUUUGUCAAACAGGAAAAUCUAUGUGGUUGUAACUGUGUCUAACUGUCUUCCUUUUCUUCUGCUAAUCUAAAUGCGUGUGCACGUGUGUGAACUCCUUAGUGUCUGUUGUAUUAGAGACACAGCUCCGCACACAGACACAGAAAAAAAAAGUGAUGAGCAUAUAUAUAUGGCAAAAAGACAAUAUCAGAGAGUAUAAAAAGAAAAGGAGUGAUUGAAGAAGUGUAAGAAGAAGCGGAUAUUUUAUACCAAACAAAAUCGUUACAUUCAUAAUGAAUUUCCAGGUUGAGUGUCCCUUUUUGAUCAUUUGGCUGUUUCUGGGUGAGUAAACCAUGUUUAUGUGUUUAUAAAAGUAACAGUUAUUCACUGAACUUACUGUGAAUGUCCAUUUAAGUCCAAAACAGCUGAAUUGGAAAAAUUCUCUAAUUCAGCUAUAAUUCCAGUUUGGCUACUUUGUACUAAAAUUUUAAAUUCUCAUAGAAUUCACUUUAGUGAAUAACCUUGUAUGCUGGAAAUAGUUGUGAAUUCACCAGGGAAUCAAGAAAUUUAAGGACAAAAUUGCAGAGGUGGAAACAGAUAUUUUAAAGAAUUUAACUUGCUCACCUGGUACAUUUGGCCUAAAAUGUCCCCUGGUAAUGUUUCAACAAGUCACAAUUUAGUGAAUAAGAUUGAAAGGAAAAAGUUGUGUCAUAUGGAUAAAGAGGUGAAUUAUAUACUCUUAAUAACAGUGAAUUAUAAAAAAUAAUGUCAAUAUUGGCUCCUUGACCACGCCACAAAAUCAAAAAGCAGUUUGACUAAGAACUGAGAGGGGCCAAAACAAUUCCUGUAUCCACUGGUGAAUAGCGUCUGUUUGCCAAGUGAUCUUUUUACAAGUGAAAUGGUGCACCGGGGCUUUUGUGCACACUGUCAAGGUUAAAGAAAGACCCUCCACUAAAUGAAAUGUAUUAGAGUUUAAUAAAAUGCACAAUAUAAGGGGUUUAUUAAUAACCAAGCGGAUCUCUUGAUGUGAAAAAAGACAAUAUGUUUGUCUAUCUGUACAAUACUAAAGUAUUUUCGUAACAUAAGAUGAUUAAUCGCUUUUAAUCAGAUAGAUGCCAUUUGACGCUCUCUGUUAUACAUUCAUUUACAACUCGCUUGAGGAAACACAAAAUGUCCGCCUCUCUGCACAUUCACUGACUCAGAACUAGUAAACGUUCAUGGACAAAAAAUCCUUCACUGAUAAUAUUGUUUGGAGAACCUUCACUGCUGUGUAAUGGUGUUAUGCAUUUAAUACAAUAAAUAAAGUUCAAGUGUCAUAUGAAAAAUGCUGAACUCGUGGCAAAACCAUUAAUACUGAUAUUAAGAGUUUUAUCAGUUUGGUGGCUGAGCUGAAAAUUUGCAUAGGCAUACUAAGGCUAAGGGUUUUGCUGUAUGAGAAAUUUGAGAGGGACUGUCAUAGCAUCUUGACCCUAUGAUCCUAAACCAAAGUCCCAUAGUCACACAUUCACUUCAAUGAAAAGCAAUACUAAAUAGAUAGUCAUACAGACAGAUAUAUUGGUAAUGUAUGUGGAUAGGGUGUAUGUGUAAGUGGACAAAACUGUUUGAGUUUGUUUAUAUAUUAAUAAUUCAAACUAAAAUUAAAAAUGUAAAAAUAGACAAAUUGGAAAAAGUCGGCUAUGCGUUCAGUUCGGCCACUCUGGCCGUAAAGGGAGUUUAGAGUAUUAAGAUAAACUAUUUUGGGACUAUAGGUUUUGACCACCUCCCUUUGCUGAUAAAAUAUUUUCAGUGUCCGGACUCUUCGACUGCAGCUGCCCACUCCACCUUAAAAGUUUCUAUAAAAUUGAAAUGUUUUAAAUUGCAGUGUUAAAAUGACAGGACUGAGGCAUGGCUAGGCGCUUGAGAGGAAUGACAGCCAUAUGUACCAAACAUAUGGGCACAGCCCGCAAAACUGAAAUGACCUCCCGUGACAUUCAGGACACCAGGCAACCCACCUAGCUCUUUGAUCAAGAGCUAACUCCACAUGCCAGUGAUUCUGGCCUCCCAACAAGACUUGCAGCAUAUGACACCAUCUUCACUGGGCCCCACACUCUGAUGACCCCACAUACCUCAAACUUACCUGACCAGGACUGUUAUUCACCUCACUACCUAAAAAAAAAAAAAAAAAAAAAGUUGUAUACACACUGGUACAAAACACCAGAUAAGAUAGCAAUGUACUCGCCAGACCAAGAAACAGAGUGUUGAGGGUUGCAAAAGAGAAAUAGACACACUGAUCCGCAUUUGGUUGGAAUGUCCCAAAUCCAGCCUUUAUCGCAGCACAUCCACAAUAUAUUCUCAGACAUAACUGACAAAACUAUUUUGUUUACACCAGAGGCGCAUCUACUGCAUUACUCUCAAAUCCCAGUCAGAAAGUUCCGUAAAUCGGUGCUUGCAGAUCUAGUAAAUGCUGCUCUUAGUCCAAUUCUAACGUUCUGGAGACAGAGGUCCGCAUCCAUGGUCUGAGACUGGGUCACUAGAGUGGUGGAAAUAUGCUCAAUAGAGCUUAUUGUGUCCUGUUCAGACAACCUCCAGUAAUAUAACUGGUUUUACUGGACACAUCAGCUGUCCUCAGGGAACAUUACCUCGGUAACAAGGACACAGGAGCCCACAUAGAGACACCUCCUCUAGAUCAGCUGGGGGUGGGUGCGGGCUUAGGAUAAACUAUCAAGGUCCCCCCUUUCCCCAAUUCUCCUCUCUCCCCACACAAGGCAAAUGAAAGAGAGAAAGGAAAGGAGGGGAACCGGAAGGGAGAAAGCGUAUUCUCCUUUUCUUCCUGACUCCCUCCAGUAACCAUUUCAUAUCAUAAUUAAUCAAUAGAGGCACACUAGUCCAGUUUCUGUACUUAUGUAGUUAGUUGUAUAUACUAUAUUUGUAAUUUGAUUGGUCACAUAUUUAUGUCAACUGCACAAUAUGCAACUUUUUGUAUUACUGUAUAAUUAUGCUUCAAUAAAGCGAGUAACAAUAAAUACAACAACCAUUAAGAAAAUAAAAAACAGGACCAGGACCACAGUAUCCAGAUCACUUUGUUGACAUGAAGUGACCUGGGUGACAAUGGUGUCCUUUAAAUUUUAAAUACAUUUUCACAUUAGAGAAUAAACCUAUAUGGUUCCACCCCUAACCUAUCAAUCAACAAUUACGGUACCGUUCCACCCCUAAUCUAUCAAUCAAUACGGUAACAUUCCACCUCUAAUCUUUCAAUUAAUUCUUUACAGUACAUCACCACUGCUGUCAACUAGAUAAUAUAGCUACAGACAAGAGUAAAAAAUUAGACCAAAUAUUCAAAAAUAAGAUAUAGAUAGCUUAUUUUAAAUACAGCUUUACCAAACAAAUAACUUAAAGGAUCACUAUAGAGUCAGGAACACAAACAUGUAUUCCUGACCAUUUAGGUGGCUUGUCCCCCCCCCCCCCGAAUGGGUUAAAACUCACCUUAUUUUCAGCUCUCCAUGGGUCCACCGGCGCCACCCCCUUGGUAUAAUCAAAAUUGCAGAUUUUUUGCCAAUCCAAGGCUUUCCCAUGGGGAGGCUGAACGGCAGGGCUGCUUACUGAGCCAGGAAGCACCUCCAGUGGCCAUCUGAGGAGUGGCCACUUGGAGGUGUCCCUAGGGGCAUUGUAAACACUGCCUUUUCUCUGAAAAGGCAGUGUUUACAUUAAAAUGCCUGAAGUGAUCUAUUACACUCACCAGAACAACUACAUUAAGCUGUAGUUGUUCUGGUGACUAUAGUGUCUCUUUAAAAUAAACCCACAUCCUGUAUUUAAAACAUUUUUGGGGGAGUUUCAUCAUAAUCUGUGGGAUCUAUAUGGAUCAUUGGUGUGAUGCAAAAAAAAAAAAAAAAACAGGGCGCAAAAGUAUUCUGAGAACGGGCAGCAGCUGAAAUAGCCUGCCCUUCGGUGGGUCCCCGCUCAGAACUCAAGCUGGUUUUAGCUCAUCUUGUGCCAUUACAGAGAGAACAUCUCUGAAACAUAUCAGACUGGUCCCACCCAUACGGGCAGUCCAGAUCCGAAAUGCCAGCAAGUUCCCUCUGCACGAGAGACACAGCAACCCCAGACGAUCGUUUCAGCCUUGAUAGGCAUCAUCAGUGAGGCAUAGCUGAUAUCUCUAGGUAGAGAUUGGUGUGAUAGCAGGGCUCGAGUCCUGCAGGAACGCAUGGGAACGGCGUUCCUGCACUUUUUCCAAAGCAGGAACGCCGUUCCCGUUACCUGUCCUGCAGGACCGGCCCUGCUCCCUGCACAGAGGGGCCGUCACAUGCUGUGUUCCCUCUCCAGCUAUAACUCUCGCGAGACCCGCGGCUGUUACCAUGGCAACGCUCCGCACAGGCGAGUCUCGCGAGAGUUAGAGCUGGAGAGGGAACACAGUGUGUGAUGGCCCCUCUGUGCAGCGGCUGGCUCCCUCCAGCAUACCACCGGACCACCAGGCGAUCUCCCCCCUCCCUGACAAGGUAAGAAGCAGGGAGGGGGGAAUAAAAUAAAAAAAAAAUAUACAUACACAUAAAGUUAAAAAAAAUGUCCCCCCCCCAUCAUCCAGCACUCACACACCCAUCAUCCAGCACACACACACCCAUCAUCCAGCACUCACACACCCAUCAUCCAGCACACACACACCCAUCAUCCAGCACACACACACCCAUCAUCCAGCACUCACACACCCAUCAUCCAGCACUCACACACACACCAUCCAGCACUCACACACACAUCAUCCAGCACACACACACACAUCAUCCAGCACUCACACACACAUCAUCCAGCACUCACACACACAUCAUCCAGCACACACACACACUGCAUUCAUUAUACACACUCUUCACUCACUACAAACACACUACAUUCACUAUACACCCUCUGCAUUCACUAUACACCCUCUGCAUUCAUUAUAAACAUUCUGCACGCACUACACACUACAUUCACUAUACACACUCUGCAUUCACUACAAACACACUACAUACACUGCAUUCAUUGUACACACUGCACUCACUACAAACACACUAUAUUUAUUAUACACACUGCACUCACUACAAAUACACUACAUUCAUUAUACACACUCUGCACUCACUAAAAACACACUGCAUUCAUUAUACACACUCUGCACUCACUACGAAUACACUACAAUUAUUAUUCACACUGCACUCACUACAAACACACUACAUUUAUUAUUCAUACUCUGCAUUCACUACAAACACACUACAUUCAUUAUACACACCCUGCACUGCACUAUAUGCAUAGGAGUGUAACUUUUUUUUUUAAGGGGGGGAGGGGGAAAGGCGGGAAUCUUGGGUGAGUUCCCACACUUUUUUCCCCAGGACUUGACCCCUGUGUGAUAGCAAAUGAAAACAAGCACUAUUAAAUGUAACUAAAAUUAGCAACCUAAUGAUCAUUAGCAAUAAUCACAAGGUGGAUGUGAUGCAAAUCCUAAAAUCUCCAAUACAGGAUCUAUUUGAACCCCACUAAUUCUUUGCGUUUGCACUGGAACUCUUGUUGGCAUUACAGUAAAUUUUGCACAUAUAUUUUGUAGCGUUGCAUCAUGGAAUUAAAAUGUUAUUGAAUAUUUUUGUAUUAACGAUUUCACAAGCUUUGCGAUGCUUAACCCCUUAAGGACCAAACUUCUGGAAUAAAAGGGAAUCGUGACAUGUCAUACAUGUAAUGUGUCCUUAAGGGGUUAAAGGACCACUAUAGGAACCCAGACCACUUCUGGGUGCCAGGUCCCUCUAGGCUUAGCCCUGCUGUAAAAAUUGCAGUUUCAGAGAAACUGCUAUGUUUACAUAUGGGUUAAUCCAGCCUCUAGUGGCUGUCUCAUUGACAGGCGCUUCCGCGCUUCUCACUGAUUUUUACAGUGAGAAGACGCUUGCGUCCAUAGAAGAGCAUUGAGAAUGCUUUCCUAUGGACGGACUGACUGCGCGCGCGGCUCUUGCCGCGCAUGCGCAGUCAUCCGAUGAUUACGUCCAAAGGAGGAGGAGAGUCCCCAGCGCCGAGGGAGCCCGGUGCUGGAGAAAGGUGCGUGUUUAACCCCUUCCUCCCCAUAGAGCCGGCGGGAGGGGGGACCUAUUAAUACUAUAGUACUUGUUUUCCUGGCACUAUAGUGGUCCUUUAAAUAUAAUGCACACUGAGUUAAUACUAUGAGUUCAGCCCGUCAGGGUUUCCUAUUAUUUGGCUUCUCAUUAUUUGUUUUAGAAGUAAAUUAUUCUACUAUUAUAUUUUCAUGUGUUCCUUGUAUUAACAUGUUAAAUUAGGCAGUGUACAAAUAUAUUAAAUGUGGGAAACUCAGAGCAGUACAGCAUAUUGUAUGAUAAAUUAAUUCUAGAAGUAGAAUAAUGUAUCAUGUAGUGGUAUUUAUUUUCUUAAACUAUAUUUUAGUAUACACACGCUAUUCGGAUAAAUGCGACAGAUUUGAUCGAACUUUGAAUUUUUUUUGCAUUUCAGGUUCUCUCUCUGGGGAUGAUACAGGUAAGAGAAUUUGUCUGCACUCACUCAAGUUUCCUAUAUGCACCUAUAAUACAAUUUUUUUUAAAGGAACAUUCCAAGAACCAUAACCACAACAGUGUUUGUGUAGUGGUUAUGGUUCCAAGAGUGCCAUGGAACCCCCUCAGUGUAAGUAGACAAACUUUUUGCUAACGGUUUGACUUGUCUGUGGCUCAACAGGUCUGAUGCCUGCCUUUUUGCAGUAAGCAGCUCUAUACCAGAUCGAAGCCUGGCAGUGCAGGAGUUAUUUCAUUGGUUGAGAGCAAUCAGCUAAUGCUCUCAGCCAGUGACCUGCCCCCUCCACUGCAGGGUUUAGCUCAAGAUAGCCAAUUAAAAGGUCCUAGCAGCAGUUCUUAAUACCAAAAGAGGAGAGGCAAACACUAACUACUUACAUAUGAAGGACACCAUAACAAUAACUAGGGAUCAACAAAAAUAAAAAAACAUUUCAGAGCCAAUAUCGAUUAUCGGUUGCCGUUCUGUACAUUGUUUUUUAGUGAUGCAAUUUCUAUACAAAUCUGGCAUCUACUGAACAUGCUGACCGCAAUCACACUGAUAUCCCAGCAUCUACAGUGAUUGCGGUCAGCACUAUCACUCUGUUACCCAACCUAGUACAUUACAUUAGAUUAUUCACGGUCUCACCACUCUGCCUUCAGCUGAGCUCAGCUGGGACGUGAGGUCACAACAUGGUGCUUCAUUGGCUGGUGGCUAGAGUUUCUGGACGCAUGGGGUGACUUGGAGAGAUGAGUAAGUCAUCGGUAAUAUCUGUAAAUUACAAGGAAGAUACCAAUUAUCAGUCACAUGCUAAAUAUCGACUCUAAUAAAUGGCGGAACCGAUAAUCAAUCUAUCCAUAACAUUCUGUAGUAGUUAUGGUGCUUGAAGUGUUCCUUUUAAGGCUCUUUAUUGUGGAGGAUUCACACGUUCAUUGUAUUUCAUUUUUUUUUUUAUUUUUUUUUUUCCCCAAUCUAAUUCAGAACAGCGUCCAGUUUUAUUCCAAAAUUUAUCAUUUAAUUAAAUAUUUUUCCUUCCCCCCACCUCUCUGCUGGUCAUGUUCAAGUUCUUUUCCACGUAUUUAAUUUUUAACACUCCUUGCAUUCGCACAAGUUGCAUUGAUCCCUUGCCAUCAUGAACGUCUAUUAUAUUAUUUAUAUUAAUGUUAUACGUGUGAUGUCAUACCUUCCAUGUCACCUUGCCUUGCACACUUGGAUACUUUCAGAUUACAUCCAGCUGUAGCUUUCCUUUAACUGAAAACUUCAAUAUCUUCCUCUGUAUUCAUAUCCCUGUUAUAGGAGACAGCAAAUAUGUUGUGGAAAUUUCAGGACGCACUGUCACCGUCAAAUGCCCAUCACACCUGUCUAAAGACGAGAAUAAAGUAAAGUUUGCGAAAAAGGGAAGCGUAAAACCAGAACGUCAAGAUAAUAAUCAUCAUUAUAUACUGGAAAACUACAAUGAGACCAAGAAUGGUGACUACGAGUGCUCUGAUUCCAAAGGAAAAAAUAAAGAAUACUUGUACCUGAAGGCUUAUGGUAAGAACCACCAGAGGGCUAGGGUGGUAAUCAGUGGUGGAACUAAUGUAGAGAGGGCCCUAAUGCAAGACUUUUUAGGCCCCAUCCAGUGCAAGGAUGGCUUAAAGAUAGAUCUUUAACCAUCAAGGAACUCUCACAAUGCUUUGCCAGCCGAGAUCUACCAUUUUCUUAUCCUUGCAGGUUGUAUUUGUGAGCAGUGCAUGUGUGUUUGAAUGUAAGCAUGUGUGUCUGAGUGUAGUGGUGUAUUUGUAUGUAUUGUUGCCACUUGAAUGUAGUAAUGUUUGCAUUUGUGUGUAGUGUUGGCGUUUUAAUGUAAGUGUGCAGUUAUGUGUAGUGUUGGCAUUUGAAUGCAGGGGUGUAUUUGUGUUUCAAUGCUUGGAUGUAUUGACAUGUACACAUACAUUGCCACACAAAUAUACACACAUGUACAUACUGACACAUGUACAGAUAUACAUACAAUCAGAAAUCUUACCUUGAGGAGAAGUCCAACAUGCAGAGUUUUGCAAUUUAACACAAGCCAAAGAGACUCAAGGUAGAAAUCUCCAAGGUUGUGAGACAGUGCACUGGGGCUGUAAAGACACAGUGCUUCCAGAUCCGUAGUACAGGCAAGGAUAAUCCAAAAGAGUAGUCGUGGACGUAAUCAAAAGUCAGGACAGGUGGAAGACAGGCAGAGAUUCAAAUCAGGAGUCAGACAUACAGCGAGUUUCAGCAAAGAGCAACAAAACAAUCUGACAGUGAGGCUGAACCAAGGCAGGGUUUAAAUCGGUGGAUAAUAGCCAUUUAAUCUGGAAACCAAGAACAGGUGUGCAGCAGUCCAGGAGUAGAGACUCUGACAUAACAGGAUACAAGGAUAAACAGGAAACAAAGAUGCGUGGCGUUAAAGGUAAGGUCACUUACUGGGAUGCAGAGGACCCAGGUUCAAUGCCAGGCCCAAGAACACAAGUCCAUCGCAGCAGGCAUGAUGAGGAUCAUGACACUGACACACACACAGGUGCAUAUACACCGAUACAAACACAUACUGACAAAGACACAGAUAAAAUGCCCAUACUGACAAUGAUACACAUUUACUGACACACAUACUAACAUCAAUACAUAUUGUGACCUUCAGCAAAAAUGUGUGUGUGAAAGACUUGAUUUUACAGGGCCUGAUACUUUACUUUUUUUUUAGAUGAAUAAGUUGUAACAUUAUUUGGAGAACAUAUAUGUAUAAGUAAACAUUCACUGGGGAUUAACACAUGAGCAUAUCUUAUCCACCAUAUUCCUUUUUGUUUUUGUUACCCUUGUAGUUUGUGAACACUGCAAGGAGAUAUCAGUUCCUGUGUUAGCUGGAGUCUUGAUUGGAGAUUGCAUGGUGACUCUUGGAGUUGCCCUUGCAGUCUAUUUUGGAUGUAAGAAAAAAGCUGGACUUCCAAGAGAUGGAGGACGAAAAAGAGGUAUAAAGAGUGGACAGUAGAUAAAAAAGGGGUUUUAUGACCGAGAUAAAGAAGGCUGAUGAGUGAUGCAAAUAUUUCCAUACUGGCCGUGUUGGACUUAAAGAAACAGUCUAAUUCAAAUAAAUACUUGUGUUAUUUGCAUGUGUUCCUUUUUUAUUAUUAUUAUUAUUAUUAUUAUUAUUGGCAUUUAUACUGCAACAAACCUAUUCCGCAGCGCUUUACAAUGUUUGUAAUUACAAAACAUUGCAAGGACAAUAGGUUGAUGAGGACCCUCCUCAAAAGAACUUACAGUCUAGAGGAGAUGUGAGGUAAAAACACAAUAGGAAGGGCAGUGUGAGAAAUAGCAACCAAGUAGCCUACCAUUAAAAACUAAUAAUUAGAAAUCACAAAACACACCUUUCAGCCCUAGGACAGUCGCUUAACUACAGCCUGAUUCUCCAUCUGUGAAGGCAUUAAUCCUAGUGGCUCUUGUCCAAUCAAAUCUUAUAGAGAGGCACAGCAGAUUCACUGGAGCUAUAUGUUUUGCAAAGUGCUAAAUGUUGAAAGAUGUUUUUUUGGUUUUUAUGAUGAUUGCUCAUUAUUUAGCUCUUUGUCACACAUCAUUUUUUUUGUCUUGAUAAAUCCUCCCCUAUAAUGUUCAAAUAAACCAGGGAAUGUGAUUCUUUUCUAAUUUUCUUCCUUUCUUCUGCAGUCGAAAACAAGGAACGCCCUCCACCUGUUCCUAACCCAGACUAUGAGGUAAGAAGCUCAAGAAAUCGCGAUUAUAAAAUGUUAAAGGGUAAUUAUGUCUUCUACUAUAGUGAUAUCUCAGUAAACUAUACUGCAGCACUUACUGCGGUAUGGAUUGCAGUGAAGGUAAAUACUAAAUGCAGCAUUACCAUAUCCAGUGUGACAUCAUUGCUCCUAGUGUGCUGACAAAAAUGCUAUACAACAGCAUGUACUGGAAGGAAUUGCUUCUAAAAUACCUAGGAGUGCAUGUGACCUCACCGUGUCCAUGAACAAGGUAAUGUGAAAAUGACGGGACUGCUAUAUAGAAACAUAGAAUGUGACGGCAGAUAAGAACCAUUCGGCCCAUCUAGUCUGCCCAAUAUUUCAAAAUACUUUUAAUUAGUCCCUGGCCUUAUCUUAAGUUUAGGAUAGCCUUAUGCCUAUCCCACGCAUGCUUAAACUCCUUUACUGUGUUAACCUCUACCACUUCAGCUGGAAGGCUAUUCCAUGCAUCCACUACCCUCUCAGUAAAGUAAUAAUUCCUGAAAUUAUUUUUAAACCUUUGCCCCUCUAAUGUAAGACUAUGUCCUCUUGUUCUGGUAGUUCUCCUUCUUUUAAAUAUAGUCUCCUCCUUUACUGUGUUGAUUCCAGUUUUGUAUUUAAAUGUUUCUAUCAUAUCCCCCCGUCUCGUCUUUCCUCCAAGCUAUAUAUAUAUAUAUUAAGAUCCUUUAUCCUUUCCUUGUAAGUUUUAUCCUGCAAUCCAUGAACCAGUUUAGUAGCCCUUCUCUGAACUCUCUCUAAAGUAUCAAGAUACGGUCUCCAGUACCGCAUAUAAUACUCCAAGUGAGGUCUCACCAGUGUUCUGUACAAUGGCAUGAGCACUUCCCUCUUUCUACUGCUAAUACCUCUCCCCAUGCAACCAAGAAUUCUGCUGUCAUUUCCUGCUGCUCUAUUACAUUGUCUUCCUACCUUUAAGUCAUCUGAAAUAAUUACUCCUAAAUCCCUUUCCUCAGAUGUUGAGGUUAGUAGGCAGGGGCGUAUUAGCCGCGAGGCAAACAAGGCAUUUGCCUUGGGCGGCAUUUUUCAGGGGGCGGCAAAAAACGCCGCCCCCCAAAUGCCCAAGGCAAAUGUCUUGUUAGCCUCGCGGCUAACAGACAUUCUGGGCGCUGGGCGGCAGUGGCUGCAGCGCUGGGCGGGCGGGCGGCCGCUAGGGAGCUCUUCCCCUGAGCGCUCUGCUCAGCUCCCUCGCGCGCGCCAGCAGAGUGAGGCUGGGAGCCGGGUUGAUGACGUCAUAUUCCGGCUCCCAGCCUCACUCUGCUGGCGGCGCGCGAGGGAGCUGAGCAGAGCGCUCAGGGGAAGAGCUCCCUCGCGGCCGCCCGCCCGCCCAGCGCUGCAGCCACUGGACCCCAGGGAGAGGAAGAACCCCCCCCAGCAUUACCAAAGGUAAGGAGGCUGGGGGGGGGGGUUAAAUAAAAAAUAAAAUAAAAAAACACUAGUGUGUGUGUGUGGAUGUCUGUUAGUGUGUGUGUCUGUUAGUGUGUGUGUAUGUUAGUGUUAGUGUGUGUAUGUUAGUGUUAGUGUGUAUGUUAAUGUUAGUGUAUGUAUGUUAGUGUGUGUGUGUGUCUGUUAGUGUGGAUGUCUGUUAGUGUGGAUGUCUGUUAGUGUGGAUGUCUGUUAGUGUGGAUGUCUGUUAGUGUGGAUGUUAGUGUGUAUGUUAGUGUUAGUGUGUGUAUGUUAAUGUUAGUGUAUGUAUGUUAAUGUUAGUGUAUGUAUGUUAGUGUGUGUGUGUCUGUUAGUGUGGAUGUCUGUUAGUGUGUGUGUUUGCCUGUGAGUGUGUGUCUGUUAGUGAGUGUGUGUUUCUGUUAGCUAGUGAAUGCGUAUCUGUCAGUGAAUGUGUGUGUGUGUAUUUAGAAGGCGGAGCAGGGGGGAAGGUUGUGUGGCGGUUGCGCAGGUGGGGGUGGCGCGGGGGGGUGCCUGAGUUUUGUCCUGCCUAGGGCAGCACAAAAUCAGGAUACACCACUGUUAGUAGGGUAUCAAAUAUUCUAUACUCUGCCCUUGGGUUUUUACGUCCAAGGUGCUUUAUCUUGCACUUAUCCACAUUAAACGUCAGUUGCCACAGCUCUGACCAUUUUUCAAAUUUGAUAGAAUUUUUAUAUUUAGUAUAUGACAUACUUACAUUCAUAUACAAAUACACACACAUUCAUAUUUACACAUAUUUGCAUUCACAUACACAGAUUCAUAUACACACAGACACGUACAUACAAAAACACAUUGAUACAUACACACAGUUUGAUUCAUACAUAAACACACACACGUAAACACACAGACACGUAUACUCAUACACACAAAUUAACAUACAUACAAGCAGACUCAGACACAUAUAAGUAAACAUACAUCUAUAUGCACACACAGGCUUACACACACAUACUCAUACACACACAUUCAUAUAAACACAAAUUGGUAUAUGCACACAGGCUCAUACACACACAUUCAUAUACGCACAUAAACUCAUACACAAUAGUUUAUAUAUGUCCUGAUGAAAGCUCCACAGAGGAGCUGAAACGUUGACUGAUUCAUGGAAUAAAAAGAUCUAUACAUUGAAAUCCUUGGAGUGCCGGUAUUUUCAUUCUUUUCUAUACUUAUGCACCAGGUACCCUACAUUAAUAUAAGUUGGAGUGCAAGAGCUAUUAGAAUAUAUAUAUAUAUAUAUAUAUAUAUAUAUAUAUAUAUAUUUAUUGUAUUUUACUUAUUGUUAGGUCCUCCCUUUUCUUACUUUGCACAGGUCGGGGGGAGUGGAACCUCAUGCUUGGUGUCCAGUGCUUUGUUGCUGGAAUCUUAGAUCACUGAUUGCCCAGCUCCCAGCAGCUUUUAUAACACAGAGCCACAGAACAGCCACCGACCACGCAGCACCCCAACCAGCAAUGCAUGCGCGGAUCGACAGGUGCUUGCUCUGGCUGGAGGUCUCUGGCUCUGUGCAGUCUCAUGCUUCCUGUCACCCAUGGCGGACCCCCCUGCUUAGUACACUUUGGUGGCUAAGCAAUAUUAUAGAAGUGAAAGUGGCAUGCACAAUAAUGCCACAAUGUAGCUUUACUGUUACCUACUUGCAUUAUGGUAGAAAAGAUAAAGUUAUGAAAUAUGUUUGUCAGAUGCCACAAAAUGCUUUUGAGACUAAGCAUGUGUACAGAACACAAAUAAUUCGCAAUCAGAAAGUGUAUUUUUGGGCAACAAAAUGUUUAAACUUUUGGUUAUUAUAGAAAAAAUGAAUGUAUUAAGCAAUGUAACAAUGCCCUUAAAAAUUACAUCACCAUCAGAAAUAAGUACCAGAUUGCAUAGAUUUAAAAGUCAGUCUUGCAUAAAAGAUUAUUUAAUGGUAGAUGUUUAAAAGAUAAAUUGUUGUCGUUGCCCCAUAAGUGAUUACUGACACUUUUUUCCUUUAUCUCCACAGCCAAUCAGGAAAGGAAAUCAAGAUGUGUACAAUGGACUAGAGCGCAAUUUCAAAUAACAGAUUUUGAAAGAUUGCUGCAUAUUUUUUUCUUCUUCUUAUGCUAUAUUUGUCUGUUUCCUGCUUGUAUAAACUGUAACAUAGUCAGCAGGGCUGCCAUCAGGGGGUGACAACCAUGAUGGUUGUCACGGGCCCAGCGAUCCUGGGGGGCCCGGACUGCUCUGGCAGUCCCAGGCCCCACUUUCCCUCUCUGCACACAUAGAUAGCGAAUAUCGCUAUCUAUAUGUGCAGCCGCGGGCCCCCGGCUCCCUAUUACCGCAAAGGGGGCCCAGCACACUGUCUCUACUCUUCUCUUUGUCUCUCUUCUAAUAACUCUCGCGAGACCCGCGGCCUUCUGAGUGUUGCCAUGGCAAUGCUUCGCGCGGCACACAGGACGCGAGUCUCGUGAGAGUAAUUGGAAGAGAGGAGAAGAGAAGAGUAGAGACAGUUUGCUGGGCCCCCUCUGUGGUAACAUGCCACCGGACCACCAGGGAAUGAAUCUCCCCCUUCCCUUGACACAGGUAAGAAGCAGGGAGGGGGGAGAAACAUUUAAUGAAAUGUAAUGUAAAAUUACUGUGAAAAUGCCCCUUCUUCCCCCCUCACCCCCCAGAUUGCACAUUUACACACACACUGCAUACACUAACACAACACACAUACACUGCAUACACUAACACACACACUGCAUACACUAACACAACACACAUACACUGCAUACACUAACACCACACACACACACUGCAUACACCAAUACAACAAACACUCUGCAAUCACUACACAUUAACACACUCUGCAUUCAACACAUUAACACACACUCUGCAUCCGCUACACACUCUCUGCAUUCACUACACUAACACACUCUGCAUCAGCUACACACUAACACACUCUCUGCAUUCACUACACAUUAACACUCUGCAUUCACUACACCAACACACACUCUGCAUUCACUAUACUGACGCACACUCUGCAUUUACUAUACUGACACACACUCUGCAUUCACUACACUAACAUACACUCUGCAUUAACUGUACACACAGCAUCUACAAACAUCCUGUAUUCACAGUACACACACUACAUCCACCACAAAUUUAAACACUCUGCAUUCACUAUACACAGACACUGUGUCUAAUACACACUCUACAUCCACUACAGACACUGCAUCCACUAAACACAUUUCAUAUAGUACACACAAACACUACAUCCACUACACAAACACACACUACAUCACUGAACACACACUACAUCCACUACUCAAACACACUCUGCGUUCACUAUACACACUGCAUCCGCUACACAAACACACACUCUGCAUUCACUGCACAAAGAGUAUCUAAUACACACAUUCUAAUUCACUUCCACUAUACACACCACAUUAAAUUCUGCAUCAUUGUCAGUGGACUAGGUAGGGCGUGGGCAGGCCAGGGGGGAAGAGGGAGGGGUGGGGGUCCAGACCUUGUGCUUUGUCAGGGGCCCCAAAAUUUCUCAUGGCGGCCCUGAUAGUCAGAGUCACAAUAGUAAAAUGAUAUUCAGAAUAAUAAUAUUCUACAUAAUAGGUAAAUGUCACCUGCUUUUGUCUACAUAGUUGCUGUAUACAAUAUUCAAAGUGCAAUGUUUAGAUGGGAAAUUUAAAAAAAAAAAUUAUGUGUUGGAUAUUCAAUAGUAAUCUUCAGUAAUGUUUAAUCUUCAGUAAUCAGGAUCGAGUAAACAUGGUAUAGUUAUCAGUAUGGCAUGAAGAUAUCAGACAAGAAGUUGGAGAAGACCUCUUGGCUAUAGUGAUAGAUUGAAAACAGAGGAUUUUGUUUUAUUUAGAGUUUCUGAUGGCAAAAUGCAUAUACUUAUUAGUGUCUUUGGGAUAAAACUCCUGACAGAUAUAAUCUCAGAGAGAUUAAGGUUUCAUUCAUGCAAUUUACAGUGUUUCCAUUUUGAUUUUUCUGUAUUUUCUUUAUUUUGGUAUAUUAAAGUUUGUAUCAUGUAUCUUUGCAUGCUGCACUGAUUCUUAACCCAGUUCUCAUGGAACACUAGACAACAGUCUAGAAUUUAGCUUUUUCCCAUUUCUGAUCGAGAUGUUUGAACAUCAAAAUUGCAAUUCAUUAGGGAUGUGCAUGGGAAAAAUAUUCGGUUCGGUUCGGCAUUCCGAAAUUCGAAACUUCGGCACUUUGGUUUGGCAUUCCAAAAUUCGGGACUUCUUGACUAG